CGAAUUGAACUAGGUUUUGAGAAACAGAGAGAAGAAAAUAGCAAUGGCGAGCGGUGUAGAGAGAAAGCAAGUAGUGAGGAACAAGCAGGUGUUAUUCAAAGACUAUGUCACCGGCUUCCCCAAAGAAUCUAACAUGCAAUUGACCACUAGUACAGCCACACUGAAGCUCCCACAAGGUUCCACUGGUGUUCUGGUCAAGAACCUCUACUUGUCCUGCGAUCCUUAUAUUAAAAUCCAGAUGACCAAGCCUAGCUCUGAUACUGAUCCUUAUACCAAAACCUUGACUCCUGGUUCGCCUAUGACUGGAUAUGGAGUGGCUAAAGUCUUGGAAUCUGGGGAUGCAAACUUUAAGCGAGGCGACUUGGUUUGGGGAAUCACUGAUUGGGAAGAAUAUAGUCUCAUAAAUGCAACAGAAUCUCUGCGCAAGAUUCACAACACUGAUGUGCCUCUCUCUUACUAUACUGGAAUUCUUGGUAUGCCUGGACUGACUGCUUAUGUAGGUUUUUAUGAAGUUUGCUCACCUAAGAAAGGGGAGACAGUCUACAUCUCAGCAGCAUCUGGAGCAGUAGGUCAACUUGUUGGCCAAUUUGCCAAACUCGUGGGUUGCUAUGUCGUUGGAAGUGCUGGAAGUAAAGAAAAGGUUGAUUUGCUGAAGAACAAGUUUGGGUUUGACGAGGCUUUCAAUUAUAAAGAAGAACCUAACUUGGAUGCAGCUCUAAAAAGGUACUUUCCUGAAGGUAUUGAUAUUUACUUUGAAAAUGUUGGGGGAAAGAUGCUGGAUGCAGUGCUACCAAACAUGAAGUUCCGCGGGCGAAUUGCAGUUUGUGGGAUGAUAUCCCAAUAUAACCUUGAGAAGCCUGAAGGUGUACACAAUCUAAUGUUCCUUCUUUCUAGAGAGGUCCGGAUGCAAGGUUUUAUUGUUACGAAUUACUAUCAUCUUUACGAGAAGUUUCUUGAAACGGUUCUGCUUGACAUAAAAAAAGGGAAGAUUACAUAUGUGGAAGAUGUAGUUGAAGGCCUUGAAAGUGCUCCAUCGGCCCUGAUUGGACUCUUUACAGGUCACAAUGUCGGAAAGCAGGUUGUUGUUGUUUCCCGAGAAUGAUCAAACUCCAUUAUUUCCUUACUUUGCCUGCAUGAACCAGCUUAAUAUGGUGUAUCAUCAAUAGUUAUCACAUACUAUAUGGUAAAAUUAUCUAUUGUAAAAGGGGUGCAAGAGCUAGCUAGCUUUAUCAUUAUCAUACAUGGAUGUAAAAGUAUACUUGUCCACCUUAUACUCCCUUCAUUAAUACAUUAAUAAGGCCUGGAAGCUGAUUAUUAAUUCUAGAGAAGUUGAUGCA